AUGGCUGUGCUUAAUCAGCUGCCUGUCUUGGGUAUGAUUAAAGAGUUUAGGAGGAGUUGGCGUGCUCUUUGUAGCUCUGAAAGAACUACGUUAUGCGGUCCAGACUCCAUGCUCCUGGCCCUGCAGCUGUCCAUGGCGGAAAACAACAAACAGCACAGUGGAGAAUUUACAGUCUGUCUUAGCGAUGUCUUACUGACAUGGAAGUACUUCUUACACGAGAAACUGAACUUGCCCAUUGAAAAUAUGAAAGUGGUCGACCACUAUGAAGACAUUAAGAAAACGUAUGAUGAUUUCUUGAAGAAUAGUAAUACACUAGAUUUGAUUGAUGUUUAUAAAAAAUGUAGCAGCUUGACCUCUAAUUAUGAUACUAACACGAUUUCCUCUAUUCAACUGCGGGAUUUUCUGUCUGGCACAGAGUAUGCAGUAAAUGAUGAAGCUAAUCCUCAUAUGCCAACGUCACCAGUGAAAUGCAGUCAGAAUGAUGAGCAGGUACGGCUAUUGGUAAAGAAAAUUUUCUUUUCAUAUUUGAGCCUGCUAGUGAAUUCAAAGAAUGACCUGGCUCUGGCUUCUAUUCUCAACAUCCCUGAUCGAGGACUGGGGAGAGAGGCCUUCACCAGCCUGAAGCAUGCUGCUCGAGAGAAACAGUUGUCUAUGUUCCUGAUGGCCACGUCAUUUAUCAGGACAUUGGAGCUUGGAGGGAAAGGAUAUGCACCAUCACCAUCAGAUCCUCUGUGGGCGCAUGUAAAAGGCCUGUCGGCAUUUAUUAAUUUCAUUGACAAGUUAGAUGAAAUUCUUGGAGAGAUACCAAAUCCAAGCCUUGCAGGGAGUCGGAUAUUAUCAGCGAUAAAGAUGCAGCUGAUCAAAGGCCACAGCAGUGGGGAGCCUUUUUAUAAAGCAGUAGAGGAAGUUGUUCAGGAUUUGAAUUUGAGGAUUAAAAAUAUUAUUAAUUCUCAAGAGGGUGUAACUGUCAGCGCCACCAACAUCAGUCCUGUCCCGCCAAAAUCUUUUGCUAUAAACCACGAUACCGCCUACUGUGGCAGAGAUGCUGUGAAAAUUUUACUGGUCCUUUUGGAUGAAGAUGCAGCCAGUGCUCCUACCAGAAAUAAAGCAGAGCUUUUAUACAAUGACGAAAGUACAGUUCCUCACAGUGGACUGUCUGUUCUCACACUCUUUAGGUCUCCCACACAAGUGAAAAAUACAUCAGUUAAACCUCUCAGAGAGCGAAUCCAUAAGUCACUGCAAGCAGAGAAAAAUAAGAUGAGGCAGACAUUAAUUAGAUCACAGUUUGCUUGUACUUAUAAAGAUGACUGCAUAAUGAGAAAGAAUAAAUGGGAUGUUAACUCAUCAUCAAAGCCCUUGUCUGCUCUUCACUUAGAAGAUGAUAUUUCUGAGGGUGCACAGUCAUCUGUUGGAAAAGCAAGAAUUGAAACAAGUUCUGAAAAUGUGCAUGUGGACAGAAGUAAGGGUGACAAAAUACCAAGAAAAUCUACACAAAGGAAGAUAGUGAAGAGGAAACAGCUGGAUUUAGACAGUGAGAAUGUUCACUGUGACCGUGGAAAUGAACUGUACCAACAUAAGAACAUUAAGAUCCCUAAAGUGCUCAGUGGUUCACACAGUAAAGCUGGUGGCAAACUCGCCCAGGGAACAAAAGGCAGUAGGUGUACUGCCAAGGAUAAGUUGAUUCCUGGCCAGACCAAGCUGACACAGUUUUUUAUGCUAUGAUUUUCUCAACUAUGUGCUUUAGAUUUAGAUAAGACCGUUCACCAAAGCCCUGAACUAACUUUUUAAAUCUUAAGACAUAAUUUUUUUAUGAAUGCUUUCACCUUUGUUUCUCAAUAUACCUGUGAUACAAACAGUUCACAUGUAACAUUGUUUAGUGACUUGUGUGAGUUUUAUGCCCAGACCUGGGUGGAAUGAAGGAUAAAGACAUUCAUUUAGCCCAACUUCCAACAAAUCAAAGAGGGUGCCCAGAAGGUCCUCACCCACAUCUUCAAUGCCCUCUAUUUCUCUGGGAGGACAAUGACUCCUUACAAUGUAAGGAGGGAAGAAGAUCUCUGUCUCUUGAGGUUCAGUUGGUUAUUAUAUCAGUUCCCAAGGUGUUCGAUUGUGAUGCUUUAUUAUUUUUAUAAAUGUAUGUGAGGCUCACAUAUUAACCACUGUUCAAAAAUACCAGUAAGUCAGAAUUAUGUAGAAUUUUUGUGAGGUUUAAUGCACAUGUCAAGCAUAUCAUUUACAUUAUUACAUAUCUUAACCAGUUGCUUUAAAAACAGACAUUUAGAUAAUACACAAGUUAUAUCAAUAUCAAGGGCUUUUCUCUCCGCUUGCAAUGAAUUGUUUUCUUCUGUAAGGAUGUUGUGGACCAGCAGGCAUCAGACUUGCCAACAGGGCCGGUAGACUCUUCCCAGCAUACACCUGAGCACUGAAAGAGAACAAACAAUGACUAUAAUUACCACACAGAAUUGAGAAAAACUGUGGACUUAUAACGAAUCCAGAAUAAAUCAAACGCUAUUACUGAUUUUGAAAAAUCCCCAUUUUUGACAUGGGUUGCCUACUAUUUGGUAGAACUGAACUAUGGUCUUGAUUUUGUUAUGGUCAGAUCCAACUCAUUUAAGCUCAGAGCUCUUUUUAUAAAGUUAAUAUGUAGGAAUUGAAUGUUUAGGAGGCUACUCACUGUCAAAAUCUCUCCUUCCUAUGGGAAAUUUAGCUGAGUUUUCUUCAUCCCCAAUUUCUCUCUUUUCCUGUGUGGACUCAGUAUUCUGAACUCCAUUCUCAGCUGGGAAGGCUACUGAUCCUUUCAGAGCGAGGUAAGGUUUUACAGCCAGACUCAGUGGCAGACCGUGAGUUACAAGAUUCUGUUUGGAGCCUGUGUUCUGUAAAGAGAAGAUUGGUUUGUAUCCCAGCUGUCUUCUUUAAAGUAGAGCUAAAAUACAGUUGUACAACAUUCUUGCUGAUCAAUUCUAAGAUGCUCUACACUGCGUUCACCUCCCAACAUGUGAGAUACAAGAAACAAACCUUUUGGAUAAGAUGGAGAAAUACCUGGUUUAUAUGAAAAUUUCCUAGUUAUCUUAAUGCACACGAUGACUGUUUGCAUGUAUGCCUAUUUAUAAAAUAAAAAUACAAAGUU